AGCGCACAACCCACACGUAAAACAUUAAAUUAAUUCACCGGUUCACAUGAACAACACAUCGAUGGGCUGUAGGAGGGUGAGAAAUUGCAAUAAACCUAGAUUUUAAAUGUGAGACAAGUAACCUGCAGUAAACUAGGUAGAGUAUGAAUCAAUACAUAGAAAUGGUAUACUCAUUACAGUCAAGCGUAUCUCAUAUUAGUCCUGUUCUCUUUCCAGGGAACCUUCUGCGCUUUAAGUCAUGUGACAGCCGACUAUUCUGCACAUCUGAAGAAAGGCAGAGGGACGGAGAUCUCGCAUCAGAAGCGCGGAGGGGCAGAUGCUGUUUGCUGAUGCUCCUGAGCCUCGCUCGGCGCCUUUUCGCUUUGCGCCAUAAAGGUCUCCGCCGCGGAAAAGUGCGCAGAUUUCCGAAGGCUUCGCUCACCUGCCCCGGCGCUUGGGUGAACGCCCAGAUCCUCCGGAGUUUUCCCACUAACUGCAAGGCUGAGGACUUCUUUUCUGCUUCAUACUGGAGGGUUGACAAGACCUUUUCCCAGACUAGAAGUACUUGGGAACAGGAUGGGCAGAUUCAGCAGGGCCUUAACUCUGUAGAGUCACCACUAGCCCAGCCCCACAGCCCACCCCCACACUCCGCCCCCCUGUUCCUGAAGGGCAGCAGAAUGGAUGAACAGAGGUGCACAUUUCCUCCCCCGCUUAAGACUGAGGAAGACUACAUCCCCUACCCCAGCGUGCAUGAGGUGCUGGCUCGGGAAAGACCCUUCCCACUGAUCCUACUGCCCCAGUUUGGAGGGUAUUGGAUCGAGGGGACCAAUCAUGAGUUAGGCGGGGAAAUCGACCCGGAGCAGCUGCAGUCUCCGGCUUCCCGAGUCAAGUUGGAGAGCAACACUACAGCCAAGAUAUACAGGAAGCACUUCAUGGGCAAGGAGCACUUUAACUACUAUUCCAUGGACAGCGCCCUGGGACACCUGGUCUUCUCCAUGAAGUAUGAUGUCAUUGGGGACCAGGAGCACCUCCGUCUGCUGCUAAGGACAAAGGCAAAGACAUAUCAUGACGUGAUCCCGAUAUCCUGCCUAACAGAGUUCCCCAACGUUGUCCAGAUGGCCAAGCUUGUGUGUGAGGAAGUGAACGUGGACCGGUUUUACCCUGUUCUCUACCCAAAGGCAUCAAGGCUCAUUGUCACUUUUGAUGAACAUGUCAUCAGCAACAAUUUCAAGUUUGGAGUCAUCUAUCAAAAGUUUGGGCAGACUUCAGAGGAGGAGCUGUUUGGUAACAGUGAGGAGAGUCCAGCCUUCAUGGAGUUCCUGGAGUUCCUGGGUCAGAAGAUUGAGCUACAUGAUUUCAAAGGUUUCCGAGGUGGGCUGGAUGUGACCCAUGGGCAGACCGGUACCGAGUCUGUCUACCACAACUUCCACAACAAGGAGAUCAUGUUUCACGUGUCCACCAAACUGCCGUACACAGAGGGAGACUCCCAACAGCUCCAGCGGAAGCGGCACAUCGGGAACGACAUUGUGGCCAUCGUGUUCCAGGAAGAGAGCACACCCUUUGUGCCAGACAUGAUUGCAUCCAACUUCUUGCAUGCCUACGUGGUCGUCCAGGUGGUGAACCCCUGCUCGGAUAAUGUCCUGUACAAGGUGUCUGUGACAGCCAGAGACGAUGUGCCCUUCUUCGGACCCGCCCUCCCAGAUCCGGCAGUAUUCAGGAAGGGCCCAGAAUUCCACGAGUUCCUCCUCACCAAGCUCAUCAACGCCGAAUACGCUUGCUAUAAGGCCGAGAAGUUUGCCAAGCUGGAGGAGCGCACACGGACUGCCCUGCUAGAGACGCUGUACGAAGAGCUCCACGCCAACAGUCAGGCCAUGAUGGGCCUGGGGGGCGAGGACGAGAAGCUGGAGAAUGGCAGUGCAGGAGGGGGAGGCUUCUUUGAGUCCUUCAAGAGGGUGAUCCGCAGCAGAAGCCAGUCUAUGGACACCAUGGGCCUCAGUAACAGGAAGCCACACACAGUCUCCACUAGUCACAGUGGCAGCUUUAGCCACAAUGCCCCGGAGACCCCAAAAGCCCCGGGGAUAUCAUUGCUUGUCCCGGGGAAAAGUCCCAGUAGAUACGGACGUCGUGGAAGCGCCAUAGGGAUAGGAACUAUAGAAGAGGCACUGAUCAUUCCGGGGAAGAGUCCCACCAGGAAGAAGUCCGGGCCCUUCAGCUCCCGGAGGAGCAGUGCCAUUGGCAUCGAGAACAUCCAGGAGGUGCAAGAGAGGAGCAGGGAGUGCUCCCCCAGCACACAAAAGACUCCUGACAGUGGGCACGUCUCUCAGGACAUUAAAUCACAGAAUUCGUCCAAUCAGAGCUCUCCUGAGAUGCCCACCAUGAAGAACAGCUCUGCCAUGUGUUGCAGGGCUCCCUCUAUCCCAGAGGGGGAUCUGUCUCGCUCCUCAUCCAAUGCCAGCAGCUUCGCCAGCGUGGUGGAGGAGAAUGAAAACGAGGCCUUGGAGGAGUAUGACACCGGUCUGGAGAGUCUCUCAUCUUCUGGGACCCCACACAAGCGGGACUCCUUCGUCUACAGCUCCUGGGUAGAAGACAGCACCAGCAUCACCAGCCGAGGCAGUACGACAGCUGCCUCCCAGCCCCAGACUGCUGACACAUCGCAGACCGAGACCCGCGCCAAGGCCGAGCAGCCGAAGAACAGCAAACCAUUAUCGCAGAACUGCUAGCCCCUCCCACCUGCCCGCGUCAUGGAUGCCCAUCAACAGCUUUCACAUAAGAGACCCCCCAUGGAGGAAGCUUGGGGAGGUAUGGGGUUUGCUGGCUCAGAGGACGAGGACGACCCAAGCUGGCCAGCUGGCCGGUGAACAUCAGCCGCCUGCAGAAGGUCUCUGCAGCCCAACGAAGGUCCACCACAUCAACCCAGCCAUGUGGACUCGCAAAGACCAUCCCGGCAAUCUGCCCCAUCCCACUACCACGCUCGUGUUCCUCUGACCACACGCCUGCUUGGAGACACUCUGGGCAAGAGGCAUGGCUGCGGUGAAAAGGCAGCUUCCCCGGUGCCCGAGAAGGUCGCAGUCAUGCCUGUCCGCUUAAUCUCCCUCCAAAAUGACAGCCCUGCAUCCAAUGAACUGGCUGCAGCAAGCUCCGAUUGGAGGAGACGUACUUACAUCACAUGCAUGUAUGGUAGACUGGACAGGUCAAAACCAGCAUCUUAAAUUAUUAAAAUCACAUCUGGGUAACUUCGAUGCAACUGGCACCUUGAAUUACUGAACAAUGUCAUGGUUUUGCAUACAUAAGCUAAUAUGCUGGAUGCUGAAAUAUGAACCUUUCUGACUGAAGCAGGGUGGUGACUUCUAACAGAGCUGUGGCUGCGACAUUCUGAACUGGCAUGAAUAUGCACUUGAAGUAAAUGACACAGACACAAGUCUUGGCACCUUCGAUGGGAUUUUCACACUGGAAAGUAUCAGAGCCUACUUGUUUUUAAGGCCUGUCUAUUUCCGAAUUCUCAUACACUGGUCUUUUAAAAGCCUGUAAUGCCUGUUUUGUUUCGUCUUCUUCUUCGUGUUGUCCUAAGCCGACAUCGUGACUUGCAACCUAGUUUGUCGAUCACCGGUGUGCCAAAGCGGAGAUCGUGUGCGUUUGCUGGACUAGCUCACCGUAUCCACUAGAUGGCACUGUUUCCACAUCACUAAAUUGCCGUCCUACUAGUCCUUGAGUUCCGUUUAAAAAGAAAAUCGAUGUAUUUGUUACUUUGCUUGUUUGAGGCAAGAUUUGUUUGCAAUAUUACUUAUAAGUGAAUAUUUGAUGUGUGAAAAGACUGAUUUUCAAUUAAUUUAAAAGUGGUUUGAGUGUAAAUGUAACUAAGGCAAAUGAUGUAAACACUUCUAAAAACUUAAUAACGUCAUUUCCAAUAGGCCUACAUCCGACCGUAUUGUAUCUAUAUUGUCUUUUUUAUUACUUUCGAAUCAAAAGAGAUGCCAUUUACGAGCUUAAAUUGUCGUUUAACCUUACUUGUGAUCUUCUGAAGAACAAUACUGUGAAAUAUGUUGCCUUUCCGAAAUAUUUUUAAAAUAUACAGUUUAAAAGUAACUUAUAAUGGAAGUUAGCAGCUUGACCAAAAUCAACACAGAGCUUAUAACCCUUACGCUGAAUGUAACACCAUGUUAGACCAGGCCGAUCAGACAUGGUAUCAGCAGUAACAUUGUGGUCUCGUUGCUUUUACUGUUGGACUCGGACUAAUUUAAUAUAUUAAAAUACCGCUUUUGUUUUCUGCUAUUUAAAUCUUAUGGAUAAAUAAAAACAAAUCUGCAGGUUGACUGCAAUAUUGCUUUGCCGUAAUUUUCUCUAUAAAGCAAAUACGCACCAUUUCGGUUUGUUUUUAAGAUCAUAACAGAACAAAUUAAAUACAUCUUAACGUAAACCUUACUUUUCAUGGGUUAGGAGGCGUCACGGGAAGAGCUGGAUCUAAAUUGUCUUUCUGCUAAUUUGAUAACAACAUGAAGGAAGUUUACCUACGACACUGGCAAAGACAUGGCAAUGCUCGGUCUUCUGGUGUUUCUUGUAGGCUGUCUAGAUAUUGUUUAUGAGAGGAUUGCGCCACAAGGAAGGUUAAAUAACCUAAAAUCACUAUUAUCCUCUUUAUUCAAAGGAAAACUUCGCGUAGCGCAGUCCUGACGCCGCCUUGCGUCAGUGGUCUGUCUGCUGCUGGUAAAAUGAAUUGAUCAAAAGCUGUUAAAACAUUUACUGCUUCUACCAAUGUUGUAUUUCCAGCACUGCUGAAUGAUGGCGAUUGUAGGUCAUUUUAAAAGUCAGAUGAGAUAUCUUGCUCCAGAGUUAUAGCUGUAAACAUUGCACUGUUCUUUCGCAAAUAGAAAAUAAAGAAAUUUAAUGAAGAAUCUGGUUUCUGCAUACCAGAA